AUGCAUAAGCUGGGCUCAAAAGUUCUGGUCUUUUCUCACAACCGACGCAACCCAUUUCACCGUUGUAUACACACCGCCGUUGCCGCUUCUUAUCAAUCUAUAUACCAUUCAAACCAGCUCCUUAAUGGGUUGUCAAAAUCUGGUCGAGUUAACGAUGCACGGAAACUGUUUGAUAAAAUGCCUCAAAAGGAUGAAUAUUCUUGGAACACCAUGAUAUCUGGCUAUGUUAAUGUGGGGAGACUAGUUGAAGCAAGAGAACUUUUUGAUGUGUUUUCAUGUAGGAGUUCCAUCACAUGGUCCUCUCUUAUAUCUGGGUGUUGUAAAUUUGGGUGUAAAGCUGAAGCUUUUGAUUUGUUUAGGUCAAUGAGAUUGGAGGGUCAUCAACCUACUCAGUUCACUUUCGGGAGUGUUCUCAGGGUGUGUUCGUCGUUGGGUUUGAUCCAAACGGGGGAAAUGAUUCAUGGGUAUGUUGUAAAGAAUGGAUUUGAAUCUAAUGUGUUUGUUGUUACUGGACUUGUUGACAUGUAUGCAAAAUGCAAGUCUAUUUUAGAAGCUGAGUUUCUUUUCAAGGGGUUGGGAUUUGAUAGGAAAAAUCAUGUCCUGUGGACUGCUAUGGUUACUGGUUAUGCUCAAAAUGGGGAUGGUCUUAAAGCGGUUGAGUUUUUUCGUUACAUGCACAUGCAAAGGGUUGAGUGCAAUCAGUAUACCUUUCCAACUAUAUUGACAGCAUGUUCUUCUGUUUCGGCUCUUUGUUUUGGCGAACAGGUGCAUGUUUGCAUUAUAAGAAGUGGUUUUGGAUGCAAUGUUUAUGUUCAAAGUGCAUUGGUUGAUAUGUAUGCAAAAUGUGGAGAUUUAAUCAAUGCAAAGAAGGUGUUAGAAAAUAUGGAGGACGACGAUGUUGUUUCGUGGAACUCAUUGAUUGUUGGGUUUGUAAGACAUGGAUUUGAACAGGAAGCUCUACUCUUGUUCAAAAAUAUGCAUGGAAGAAAUAUGAAGAUUGAUGAUUAUACAUUCCCAUCAAUCCUGAAUUGUUGCGUAGUAGGUAGUAUAGAUCCGAGAUCUGUUCACAGUUUGAUAAUCAAAACUGGAUUUGAGAAUUAUAAACUUGUUAGCAAUGCGCUUGUUGACAUGUAUGCCAAAACUAAGAACAUGAAUUGUGCAUACACAGUGUUCGAAAAUAUGCUUGAGAAAGAUGUCAUCUCAUGGACCUCCCUUGUCACUGGUUAUGCACAAAAUGGCUCCCAUGAAGAAUCAUUGAAGAUUUUUUGUGACAUGAGAGUCGCAGGGGUAACUCCAGACCAAUUUAUUGUUGCAAGUAUUUUGAGUGCCUGUGCAGAACUUACUCUUCUAGAAUUCGGUAAACAAGUGCAUUCCGACUUCAUUAAAUCAGGCCUUUGGUCGUCACGGUCAGUGGAUAAUUCUCUCGUAGCCAUGUAUGCAAAAUGUGGAUGCCUAGAUGACGCCGAUACCAUUUUUGCUUCAAUGGAAGUUAAAGAUGUAAUUACGUGGACAGCUCUUAUAGUUGGUUAUGCACAAAAUGGUAAGGGAAGAGACUCCUUAAGAUUUUACGAUGCCAUGGUUUCAAGUGACACAAAACCAGAUUUUAUCACAUUUAUAGGAUUAUUAUUUGCUUGUAGCCAUGCCGGUCUUGUGGAUGAAGGUCGCAAAUAUUUUCAACAGAUGAACAAGGUUUAUGGAAUAAAACCUGGCCCUGAACACUAUGCCUGCAUGAUUGACCUUUUCGGGCGAUCAGGAAAACUAGACGAGGCGAAAGAAUUACUAGAUCAAAUGGAUGUGAAACCAGAUGCAACUGUAUGGAAAUCACUCCUUGCUGCGUGUAGAGUGCAUGGAAACUUAGAGUUGGGAGAAAGGGCAGCUACAAAUCUUUUCGACUUGGAACCUAACAAUGCUAUGCCUUAUGUUAUGCUGUCUAACAUGUAUUCUGCUGCUCAUAAAUGGGAAGAUGCUGCAAAAAUUCGAAGGUUAAUGAAAUCAAAAGGAAUAGUAAAGGAGCCUGGAUGCAGUUGGUUAGAGGUAAACAGCAGGGUGCAUAACUUCAUUUCUGAUGAUAGAGGACAUCCAAGGGAGGCUGAAAUUUAUUCCAAGAUCGACGAAGUUAUGGUAAGAAUUAAGGAAGCAGGUUAUCUACCAGAUAUGAAUUUUUCUUUGCAUGACAUGGAUAAAGAAGGAAAGGAAGUUGGUCUUGCUUAUCACAGUGAGAAACUGGCUGUUGCUUUUGGAUUAUUAGCUGCUCCACCAAGUGCACCAAUCAGGAUAUUUAAGAAUCUUCGAGUUUGUGGAGAUUGUCAUUCUGCUAUGAAGUAUAUAUCGAGAGUUUUCACUCGCCAUAUCAUCUUGAGGGAUACAAAUUGUUUUCAUCAUUUUAGAGAAGGAGAAUGUUCUUGUGGGGAUUAUUGGUAG